UUUUCCGGAAACUUGUUGCUCUCUACUGCAUUUGCAUUAAACUGCUGAGCAGCUGGCUGUAAUCAGCUCACCUCCUCUGACAGGUGGCAGCAGGAAGCUCCGCCCCCUGAUCCUCCCACAGACUCACACAGACUUACACUCCUCCACAAUCAUUCCUCUCUGACAUGAUGCUGGUUCUGGUGGCUGCUGGAUCCGUCUUCUUUCCGGGUCUCUUCCUGUUGACCAAACAGAGUCUGAAGCAGCUGAUGGGAUGGAGCGAUGGGGAGGCUGCUGUGGUGUCCACACGUCUUGUUUCGUCUGUUCAGGCCGUCAUGGCUUCGUCAGUCGGAUUCAUCAUCACGUCGAGCUGCAGGGACGUCAUCGAGGACAGGCACUGGCUGACCGACGCCUACAUCCUGUUCGCGACGCCGUACUUCGCCUACGACAUCUAUGCCAUGUUCCUGUGUUACCGCCACAAGAUGCAGGUCAAAGGUCACGAGGAGGCGGAGCUUAGCGGUGGUUCAAAGCUAGCUGUGGAUUACCUUCGCCGAGAAGUCCUCAUGGUGCUGCAUCACGUCUUCAUGGUGACCUUCUGCUUCCCCGCAUCACUGCUGUGGCGGCAGGGGAAAGGAGAUUACUUCCAGGGCGUCUUGUUUCUGGCGGAGCUCAGCACACCUUCAGUAUCUCUGGGGAAAGUCCUGAUCCAGUAUAAACAGCAACACACUCUGCUGCACAAAGUGAAUGGAGUCGUCAUGAUGUUCACCUUCUUCUGCUGUCGGGUUUUGCUCUUCCCAUACCUGUACUACGCCUACAGCAGGUACUCGUCGCUGCCGUUGCUGGCGGUGCCCCUGGUGGCCCCCUGGCAGUGUAACCUUGGGGCCGCCCUGCUGUGGCCCCUGCAGCUCUACUGGUUUGCUCUGAUCUGCAGAGGAGCCUUCAGGUUGUUCACCAGACGCUCCAAAAACGGCCAUGACAGCAGCCCGACCAAUCAGACAGGCCGACACUGAGCAGGAGGUGGAGCUUGACACGAGUCUGAACUGCAGGACAAAGAGACUGAUGCAGAGUCAGUUCUCAGCUGGAGCUCUGAGCGGCAAACAGCAGGAGAAGAUAUAAAUCUUUUUCCAAUUUUACAGGAAAAGAAACCGAAGAAGGACUGAAAGGAAGAUUUAAAGUUUGAGCAAAGGAGAUUCACCUACUGAGAAGCUGAUAUGACCCAGAAAGAUGGACUUCUAUGUUUAAUGUCAGGUCUAUUCAUAUUGACCAACCAAGUCUGGGAUAUAAACUGGUUAUAAACUCUCAAUCUAAAACCUAUCUAAAAUCUAGUAUGAACCCAAGCCUAAAACCAGUCUAAGAACAAUCUAAAACCAAGCCAAAAACCAGGUUAAAACCCAGUCCAAAACUAAGUCGAGAAUAAGUUUAGUUGAGGAGUGACCCUUAUAAAGAUGUCGAGGAAUCCCACAAGGAUCAGUAUUUGGUCCUUUACUGUUUAUUCUCCAAUUUCACCAUAAAAUCCGUUUUUAUUCCAUCAGUUUCACUAGAAAGCAGAUUAAUUCAACAACCUCAGGACUUAUUUCACCAUGUCCUGAAAAUAGACCCAGAUUUAUUAUUUCACAGAAUGAAAAUAUUCUUAGUUUCAUCCUCAGACAGAGCUUAAUUUAUCUGCUGACUGUUUUUAAUCAGAUUUCUGUGAUGACUCAGUUUUAUUGUUUGUGUUUUUUCAUGCCUUUCUACUGAAAUAAACUUAAUUUUUUGCUGUUUUACAUCAUUUACUGUCUUGAUUUUUUACAGUGUCGCCCCCUACAGGUGAGGAAACAUACUAACAGAUGUGGAUUUAUUAGCUCUUCAUUUGUCUGUUUUUGGUUCAACAGUUACAGUUAAUCUAUCAUUUAUUUAAAUAACCUUUUAAAAUGGAAAAAUGUUGUAUGUCUGAGUCCAAAAUGUAGUUUAAAACUAUAAAAGAAAUGCAAACGGCUAAAUACAGUUCAACAGUUCUUAAGAGGAAAGUUGUUGGUGAACAGCUGAUAUUUUUCUUGUUCAAAAGUGGAUUUUGUCAAUAAAGUUCAAAUAUUUAUACUCCAGAGAUCAUUUUACCAAAAUAAAGAAGCAAACUGACUUUAUUUUCCAUCACAUUUCAUAUAAAGUAAAGCUAAACAGUAGAAUAAAUCCACUGUGGUUCUAACGUGCUCCUCAUUCAUCUCAGAAAAUCAAAAUCUCACUUCAUUUUACACCUUUAAUUCGAACAGUUCUGUGUUUUGCAUCACUUAUUGUUAGUUUUACAUAAUUUUAGAUAUCUUUUGCAUUUAUUUAUAUUUCAUAUUUCAUGAUUUUGGCUAUUUUUUGUGCUAGAUUUACAUCGGUUCUGUCUCAGAUUUU